GCAGGCUCCGUCGGGGAAUGGAGCGGAAAGUGGUUCCCAGGAGCAGCUCCCGGGACAGAGCGCCGACCGGCCGCUGACUGGGAGGGAGGGAGGAGGAGGAGGAGGAGGAGGAGGAGGCCACCAUGCUGCUGACGGUGAAGGCUCUGCAGGGCCGCGAGUGCAGCCUACAGGUGUCCCCUGAGGAGCAGGUGGGGGUCGUGAAGCAGUUGGUGGCCGAGAGCUUGGAGGUGCCUGUGGAGCAGCAGCGGCUCCUGUACAGGGGAAAGGCGCUGGCAGACGACCGCCGCCUGUGCGAUUAUGCCAUUGGCCCUUCCGCUCGCCUCAACCUGGUCCUGAAACCUCCCCCUCCAGCCAGGGGGGGCCCCGAGAAUGAGGGGGACCCUCCCCCCCCGAGCUUUCAGAGCCCUCCAGACUCCUCUGAGUGUUUUGCUCCCUUUUUUCGGGGGGAGGGAGAUUUGGCUCAGGUUUUAGGGAGGCAUUUUGGGGCUCAGGAGGUGCCCAGGAUCCUGCAGCAGCUGCAGAAGGAUUAUGAGCAGAGCCUCAGAGGGCUGAGCCUGGACGACGUGGAGCGGCUGGGGGCCAGGCUGCUGCAGCCCGAGGGGGCUCCCAGUAGCUCCCAGUAGCCCCCAGGACAUCCCAGUUACCCUCCUGGACACCCCCAC